ACGACGGGGUGUCCACCUCACCAACCGAGCCAGUGGCCAAUCUUGACCCGCUACAGUAUUCCCUAAAUGCCAUUGAAAAUCUUUUCUUAAUAUAAAAGCUCAUCACUUUCCGCCUACCCCAGAUCUUUGAUUUCUUGGGUUCGCUCGAUUUCCUCAGAUUUUCAAUCCCCCUUCUCUCCUUACAGAAGAACACUUUCAGGCAAAAAGAUGGCUGCAACACCAAAACCUACAAGAAUAGGCCUUGCUGGUUUAGCUGUCAUGGGCCAAAAUUUGGCUCUCAACAUUGCAGAGAAAGGCUUCCCCAUUUCGGUAUACAAUAGAACUACCUCCAAAGUUGAUGAGACCGUUGAGCGAGCUAAAAAGGAAGGAAACCUUCCCCUUUAUGGAUUCCAUGAUCCCGAAUCUUUUGUUAAGUCAAUCCAGAAACCCCGUGUCGUGAUUAUGCUUGUCAAGGCUGGGGCGCCUGUUGACCAGACCAUAAAGACCCUCUCCGUCUACCUGGAGAAAGGUGACUGCAUCAUUGAUGGUGGUAAUGAGUGGUAUGAGAACACUGAGAGGAGGGAGAAAGCCAUGGCUGAAUUAGGUCUUCUUUACCUUGGAAUGGGAGUUUCAGGUGGUGAGGAGGGUGCUCGAUACGGGCCUUCUAUGAUGCCUGGAGGUUCCUUUGAGGCCUAUAAGUACAUUGAAGACAUUCUUCUUAAGGUGUCAGCUCAAGUUCCGGACAGUGGUCCUUGUGUGACUUACAUUGGCAAAGGUGGGUCUGGUAACUUUGUCAAGAUGAUUCAUAAUGGGAUUGAAUAUGGCGAUAUGCAGCUGAUAGCGGAGGCUUAUGAUGUACUGAAAUCAGUUGGAAAGUUGUCAAAUGAGGAACUCCAAAAAGUUUUCUCAGAGUGGAACAAGGGUGAACUUCUCAGUUUCCUGAUUGAAAUCACUGCUGAUAUAUUUGGAAUCAAGGAUGACAAGGGAGAUGGAUAUUUGGUCGACAAAGUUUUGGACAAGACUGGCAUGAAGGGUACUGGUAAAUGGACCGUACAGCAAGCUGCUGAACUAUCAGUUGCAGCUCCAACAAUUGAAUCUUCUUUGGAUGCAAGGUUCCUCAGUGGGUUAAAGGACGAGAGGGUUAAAGCAGCUAAAGUGUUCAAAUCAGCUGGCUUUGAGGAUAGCUUGAACACCCCAGAGGUGGAUAAGGCAAAGUUGAUCGAUGAUGUGAGGCAAGCACUUUAUGCAUCAAAGAUAUGCAGUUAUGCACAAGGGAUGAAUUUGAUCCGUGCAAAGAGUAUUGAGAAGGGAUGGGACUUGAAGUUGGGCGAAUUGGCCAGGAUCUGGAAGGGUGGUUGCAUCAUUCGUGCAGUGUUCCUAGACAGAAUUAAGAAGGCAUAUGACAGGAAUGCUGAUCUUGCAAACCUUCUAGUGGACCCAGAGUUCUCGAAAGAGAUCGUUGAGAGGCAGUCUGCCUGGAGAAGGGUGGUAUGUCUUGCGAUCAACUCAGGCAUCAGCACCCCUGGUAUGUCAGCUAGUCUUGCUUAUUUUGACUCCUACAGAAGGGAAAGCCUGCCCGCUAACUUGGUCCAAGCUCAACGUGACUACUUCGGUGCUCACACAUACGAAAGAACUGACAUGGAAGGUGUUUUCCAUACUGAAUGGUUCAAGAUCGCCAAACUGUCAAAGAUUUAAGUCCAAGUUCUGUGACACAUUCAACUCAAGCAGAGAACACUCCAUCUGAAUAAUUUCUGCUGACGAUUUUACGCUGGGCGGAGCUUCUGCCAACUCUUUUUCAGUGAAAAUAUUUAUCCCAAAUAAGUUUUAUCAGUUUAUUUUUCAAGACUCUGAAGUGUGCUUUGUUAUGCUUGUGCUUUUGGCUUUGAAAGAUGUAAUUCUAUUCAAUUCAGGGGAACUCAAAAUUUUUAUAUUUUUCUCAACUUCUGCAGCUCUAAUUAUAUAUUUUUGUGCA